GGCGUGGAAGACUUCAGUUCUGCGGCGACCAUCGAAUGGUCAAGUUCGGUGCUCCCUUGUUCCCACUGCGAAAGAUCUUGGGCUGCGAAAGUGUUUUGUCUCAGUGUGACUAGGCUGAAAUUCGGGAAAGACUCAGGCAACGAACUUGUUAAUUAGGCCCAGUGAUAGAUACUCUAAAGAUGGCCAAGAUAAACCUACUGCGACACCUCUUCCUGGCACUAAUGCUGUACAGUGCGGCCACGGCCAAGGAGCACCUGCGAAUCCGACGACAGGCCGCGGAAUCGGUGACUGCCGCUGCUCCGAAUGCCAGUAAGGUGAUUGCCUCUGAGGAGAUUGAAGACAAGACGGAGUGGCCCGGCGCCAAGGAAGCCGCCACCGAAAUCAAUAGGACUGAGAGGCCCGCCGAAAACGUGGAGACCCGCAACUCGGGCUUCGACUUGCCGGCCGCCUCGGAUUUGUCCAGCUCGCUGGGCUCCGAGGAGGAUAGCAUCUACUACGACAAUGCUCCCGUGGACUGCAAUCCCGAGCUGGUGGGCUUUGAAAUUGUGACAGGAUACGUCUUCUCGGCGCCCGAGAAGCUGAUGGACUCGCAGCCGGGCACGCUAAUGCUCACUGAUUGCUUGGACACCUGUAGGAAGAACAAAACCUGCCAGUCAGUGAACUACGAGACCGGGCUUUGCGUGCUCUUCUCGGCACAUGCUGAUCAAUUACCGGGUGCCCUGACAAAGUCGCAGUUCCCCGUAUUCACUAUCUAUGCCCAAAAAUCAUGCCUGGCCGUGAAGCCCUGCUCCCGAGCCUGGUACGUCGAUCGUGUUCAGAACUACAAGCUCAAGACGGAAGUUAAGCGUACCGUGUCGGUGGCGUCAAGACGCGAGUGCUUUGAACUCUGCCUCGGCGAGAACGACUUCACAUGCAGAUCUGCCAACUACGAUCGCACCUCGGGAGCUUGCGAGCUGAGCGAGCUGGAUCGCCUGACUCUGGCCGGCUCCCAGGCCUUCCAGGUGAACGAAGGGUCGGAUUACCUUGAAAAUCACUGUGUCGAUGAACCCAACAAGCUCUGCGAAUUCAAACGUCUACCUGGUCGCAUACUAAAGACGGUGGACUCGGUUUACCAAGAAGUCAGCAGCAUUGACGAGUGCCGGGAACUGUGCCUCAACUCGCCAUAUAGGUGCCACUCGUACGACUACAACGACACGGGUGACAUGGUGUGCAGAUUAUCCCAUCACAGUCGUGCCACCUUGGCGGAUGUGCAGGAGCCCUUCCUGGAGGUGCCCGAGGCGUCGACCUAUGAACUGACUUCCUGCUACAAUGUGACCAUCGAGUGCGGCGGCGGGGACAUGCUGGCACGCAUCCGCACCUCCAAGCUCUUCAACGGCAAGGUGUACGCCAAGGGAUCGCCCAAGUCCUGCUCGGUGGACGUGAAGAGCGCGCUGGACUUCGAGCUGCGCAUGAACUACCACGAUCUGGAGUGCAAUGUGCGCCAGAGCACCGCCGGGCGCUAUGUGAACGAUAUAAUUAUCCAGCACCACGACAUGAUUGUGACAUCCUCCGAUCUGGGCCUGGCCUUGGCCUGUCAGUACGACCUGACCAACAAGUCGGUGAGCAAUGGCGUCGACCUGGAUGUGCGCGGCGACAUCAUGCCGGCCCUGUCCGAGGAGGUAAUUGUGGAGUCGCCCAACGUCAUCAUGCGGAUUACGUCGCGCGACGGCUCAGACAUGAUGCGCUCCGCCGAGGUGGGCGACCCGCUGGCCCUCAAGUUCGAGAUCGUCGACGAGCAGAGCCCCUACGAGAUCUUCAUUCGGGAGCUGGUGGCCAUGGAUGGCGUGGACAACUCGGAAAUUACCUUAAUCGAUUCGAAUGGCUGCCCGACCGACCACUUCAUAAUGGGUCCCAUUUACAAGGGAUCGGUUUCCGGCAAGAUGCUGCUCUCCAACUUCGAUGCCUUCAAGUUCCCCUCCAGCGAGGUGGUCCAGUUCCGCGCCUUGGUCACGCCCUGCAUGCCCAGCUGCGAGCCCGUCCAGUGCGAGCAGGAGGACACCAGCGGCGAGUUCAGGUCCUUGUUGUCCUACGGCCGGAAACGCAGAUCGCUCAACACCACAGAUGAUCAUCCGAGGCCACGUCGCGACAUCGACACUUCAAAGAAGUCCGCCCCCAGCGACAUGCUGCUGGUUCAGUCCAUUCAGAUUACGGAUAAGUUCGGAUUCAAGCAAGAUAAGCAGGAAAGCGGAGACUUUUACGACGGCAACGAGACCACAUUCACUGCCAACGAGGAGGGUCACGGAUUCUGCGUUAACGCCAUUGGUCUUAUCACGGCUGCCACCAUUUUCCUGCUGACCCAGCUGGCCGUGAUCGCGAUCUGGACGUACUGCUACCAGCGCCGCCAGAAGCUGCAGCCGUACCAGCACUCCUACUAAGCAACUCCAUAUGCCCAUUAAUCUACAUAGACGUCUAAGCUUCACAAGGUGCAAUCAACAUUUACGAAUAUUCACGAAUAUCCAUCCGAAUAUUCACGAAUAUCCGAAUAUCCGAAUACCCGUCGUCCUGAUACAACAUCCGCUAUAUUUGCCUUAUCUAGUCAGUGCACGAUUUUAGAGAAAAUGAAAUGAAAACGAGAUUCAAAUCUGCGUGUCUUGCUCGGUG